AGCGGGGCCGGCCCGUGAGUGAGGGGUGAUCCGCGGCGAGAGGGGCACGAGCGAGCGGUUGGGCCCGGGAUGGCGCUGGGGCCUGUUGCUAAGGGGGAGGUCCCUGAGCGGACGUUGCUAGGCAGGGUGGGGUCGCUGUUCUGUGCUGAGGGGCCCGGGCGGGGCCGGUCGCUCUGUGACACCCCCCCACACCCCGCUGCAGCCGCGCGGCCUGGAACCGCUCCUCCGCGUCCGUUGGGUUGCGGGGCCCGUGUCCCUGCCGGCACGGGGGGAGGGGCGGGGGGAGUCUCUGUGUCUCUUGCUUUAGGGCGCUGAGAAAAGCUCCGAGCGUUUGUCCAGGAGCGUCCUUCGGUUCCUGCCAAUUGCGCUCGGCGAGGCCCCUGGGGGAGGGAUCCCUGCCCGGGGGCCGCGCCUGGGGCCGGCCCUUCUCUGGGGCACAGCCCCUGUUCUCGCCGGGGCAGCUGUUGUCCGUGCUCCGUCGCAUCUCGGGAAAGGUCAAGACGCUUAUUGGGGCGGGGGGGGUAGCCCCCCGAGGCAAAUAGGUGUGAAGCUGCACGCAGACCGAAACAAAGGGAUGGGCUCUCGGUCCGGAAGACCUUAUCAGUCACUGACUUCACUUGCGUCUCGUGAAAGACUCUCCUAAGAGAGAAAUGACCAGGGCUAAUGUUUCCCAUUAUUCCGUCUAACUUUUCUGCUUUUGUUUUCCUCAAAGUUUUCCUAUUUGCACCUUACGUAUCACCUAACGCAAUUUCUCUUCCUCCUUGCUUUGUAUCGGUCUCACUGUUAGACUUAUCAUGCCCGCCACCCUAGUAUUUAUUGUUUUGCCAAACUAUAUAUUUUCAACUUUCAAUCUUUCCUUUCAAAUAUGUCCCUCUUCCCAGUAAGUGUUUCUGUUGCCUUUUUUCUGCUUCCCUUCUGGUUUUUAUUAAUCUUUCUGCUCGUGUGGAAUGUACCACCUGCUUCAGUGACGCAACAAGUAUGUAUACUUGUGCAAAAAGAACAAACUUUGGAUCUCAGUCAGAAACAGAUACAAGUUUCUAAGGGCUUCAGUGCAUUUGAGGUUUCAUCCCAAGUGUCUGCCUUAAUUCAAUGGCAGACUGCCACAUAGUAUAGUACUAUUUAUUUUCUCAUGGGGUUCUGAAUAGUUUUUCUCACUGGUUCAUGUUUGUCUCUCAGUUUCAACAUGCCAGUCGCUGCUGUGGUGCUAGUUGCUCUGGUGUUUUGGUUUGGGUUUGCUUUGGGAUUUUUAUUUUAGUGUACAUGCUGCUGUUUGUCUGUUAGAGAAGACAAGAUCAAAGAAGUGCACCUUGCACUUGGAGCCGAAGAAAGUGAUGUUUUGGAAUGAGCCUUAGUUCCUGUGUUAGUUCAUUCCACAGUCUGGGACUAGACCCCAAGAAACUGUCUUCUACACAACCAGCUUUACCCUUAUUGAGUAGAGUUCCAUUGUGUCUGAGGAGCAGAGUUAUGAAACAUGGCCUUCAUCCCAUAGUUUUAGGUACGCUGGGUCCAGGCCUUUAAAAUACUUACUCUUGAGGGCAUUCUGCACCAAAAAUUAAAAAUUCUGCUUACAAUAUUUUAAAAUUCUGCAAAUUUGUCAAGUAAACGUGGAUGCUCCAGCAUGGCAUUGGGGAGCACAGGCCACUGGCUGCACAGAGAUGGGAGAUCACGAUGUAGUUUCCUUCCCCCUUGGGACGCAGAUUCAGUGGUGAAGCUGCACCCAACCCUGACCCAGAAACACCCCAGGGCCCUGCCUGUCUGUGCCAGGUGCACCAGGUGUGGGUAGGCAGGGUCAGCAAGGCAGGAUCCAAGUGCGGAGGGGCUUGGUGUGGGGGGAUCCAGGUGUGGGUUGAGAGGGUUCUGUUUGGGGCAAUAUGGGUGGGGAUCUGGGUGCGGGAGGCAUCUUGAUGCACAGGGGCUUGUUGGGGGUUCUGGGUGUAAUGGUAGUGGCACUUUGCAGGGAGGUCCAGGUGAAGAUGGGGGGGGAGGUCUGGGUGUGUGGGGGAUAGAGCUUGGCAGGGGGGGUCUGGGUGUGGGAAGCUCAGUUAGGGGGUCCAAAUGCUGGGGGAGUAGGGCUCAGUGGGAUGGGGAUCCAGGUGCAGCUGGUUGGGGCUCAGUGCAUGGAGAUCCAGGUGUGGGUGGCUCGUUGGAGUGGUCCAGGUGCAGUGGGAGUGGGGCUCAUUGGCGGGAUGAGGCUCAGCAGGAGGGUUUGGUAUGAGGGGGUCUGGAUGCACAGGGGUUGGGCAGAUAAGAGAGCAGCUCUACAGUGAUCCUUCCCUCUACAGCUGAGGAGUGAUGGGUGCAGGAAGCAGGGUGGUGAGGAGUUUGCAGAGCUUCCUACACCUGGGGGAGAAAUGUUGGGGUGGGUCUGACAUGGCCCCGGAUGCUGUGCAGGGGAAGAGGAAGUCCUGUCCUCCCCAGCCCAGCCGGGACUAGCAACUGAGCCCAGUGCAGGGUAGGAGCCACCAGCCAGGUCUUCUCCAGUCUGUCCCCGCCCCACAGUGAUUUACGUCUCUGCCGGCUGUCCUGGGCACCUGAAACAUGCUUGGGGAGGAUCACAUGACCACUCUUGUCGCUUCCCUUUGCUUUCCUGUUAGAAAGUCAUUUUUCUGAAGGGAAGCAAAGAAAUCUGUGAGGGGCAUAAAUUCUGUGCAUACGCAGUGGUGCAGAAUUCCUCCAGGAGUAAUUUACUUGAAGGUAAGGAACAAGACCUUGACCUUCGUAUUCUGCUUGUGUUUUCAGUAGUGCAGGUUAUUGAAGAGAUGUGCUGUAGUUUUCUUUACUAUUUGGAGUUUCCUGAGGGCUUUGUGUCCAGGUAUAUUGCAUUGCUGUAGUCCAGACAGGAGUUGAAAAAGAUGUGCAUAAUGGAGGCCAGGUGAUCAUUUGCUAGGAUGAGGCAGAUUUGCCUGCUCUAUCAGAUGAUAGAAAGCAUUAUUUGAAAAUGCUGCUGUAUAAGAAAUUAGUGUUAGUGAUUAAUCUAGGAGCACUACUAAACUGCAUGCAAGUCGCUUUAUCAAUGUUUGUGGCUUUACAGAAUGUCCAGGCUGAUUCAGAGCAGGCCUGGGAAAAUGCAUCUUCUUUUUGACUACAUGAGAAAUAAGAGAUUUUCAAAGUUGUUACCAAUUAAAUUAACCCAAAGUUAAAAAUUAACUGAACAGUAGCUUAAGUGCUAAACUUCCCAAGCCUUUGGAGGGGGCAUGGGAGAAAUAGACCUUAAUUUGUAUUAGUGACUGACAGUCCACUAGGCGCUAUUGAUUUUUGCAAAAUAGAGAGUAAGCAAAUUUGACUGUUUUGUUUUUAAAGUGUUUAAAUGUUACUAAAGCACUAAGGGCCUGAUCCUAAGAGAAGCUAAGCACCCUUAACUCUAAAUGACUUCAAGAGCACUUCAUUUGCAGUGGAGGAUGGAGGAUUGGAUGUAAAAGCACCAGAAAGACUCCAGUGAGAACUGGAGUGCUGAAGAGGUAGUGGAAAGAGGAGUUGCUGUUUCCAUUCCAUGGAUCCCUUGGGUGCUCCUUCCCAAUUUGUGGAUAUUGAUUCUCUGCCAGCCUGGAAUGACUACAGUGAGGCAGACCAACUGGACUCCCACAAAACUCAAGUUGAAAAACCCCAACUUGAUGUUAGAUCACCUUUCCCAUACAGGAAAGACAUCAAUGCAAAAAUAAUAUUGUGGAAAGGAAAUGUAGCAUUAUUGAACUGCACAGCCAUAGUAAACACCAGCAAUGAAUCUCUCACAGAUAAGAACGCGGUAUCUGAGAGCAUCUUCUUGCAUGCCGGCCCCAACCUGAGGGAUGAGCUCCAGAAACUCAAAGGAUGCCGGACGGGGGAGGCAAAACUGACUAAAGGAUUUAACCUGGCUGCACGAUUCAUUAUUCACACUGUGGGACCCAAAUACAAGAGCAGAUAUCGCACAGCAGCCGAGAGCUCCCUGUAUAGCUGCUACCGCAAUGUCCUACAGCUUGCAAAGGAGCAGGCAAUGUCCUCAGUGGGAUUCUGUGUCAUAAACUCUGUGAAAAGAGGCUACCCUUUGGAGGAUGCAACCCACAUAGCACUGCGAACAGUCAGAAGGUUCCUGGAGAUUCAUGGGGAAACCCUGGAGAAGGUGGUGUUUGCAGUCUCUGAGCUUGAACAGGCCACUUACCAGAAGCUGCUGCCUCUGUAUUUUCCAAGGUCAUUGGAAGAAGAAUGUCAUUCCUUACCGUGCCUUCCUGCAGAUAUUGGCAAUUCAGAAGGGGAGCCAGUAGUACCAGAGCGACAGAUCAGGAUCAGCGAAAAACCAGGUGCUCCAGAUGAUAACUCGGAUGAGGAGGGGCUGGAAGCAGAUAUUUCAUUCAUUGGUUCCCACGCAUUUGCCCGCAUGGAGGGAGAUGUUGAUAAGCAGAGGCGCCUCAUUCUUCAGGGACAGUUGUCGGAGGCAGCACUGCAGAAACAGCAUCAGAGAAAUUACAAUCGCUGGCUGUGUCAGGCAAGAGCUGAAGACCUGUCUGAUGUUGCUUCUCUCAAAGCCUUGUAUCAGACAGGUGUGGAUAAUUGUGGUCGCACAGUGGUGGUGGUAGUUGGAAGGAAUAUUCCUGUAACUCUGAUAGACAUGGAAAAGGCACUCUUGUACUUCAUCCAUGUCAUGGACCAUAUUGCAGUGAAGGAGUAUGUCAUAGUAUACUUCCACACGCUCACUAGUGAUUACAAUCACCUGGACUCCGACUUCCUGAAGAAACUGUAUGACGUCGUUGACAUCAAGUACAAGAGAAAUUUGAAGGCAGUGUACUUCGUCCACCCAACAUUUCGCUCAAAGGUCUCAACAUGGUUUUUCACAACCUUUACCGUCUCAGGGCUAAAGGACAAAAUCCACUAUGUGGAAAACCUUCAGCAAUUGUUCACAGCCAUACCCCCAGAACAGAUUGACUUCCCCCCUUUUGUCCUUGAAUACGAUGCCAGGGAAAAUGGGCCUUACUAUUCUUACCCCUCAUCCCCUGACCUGUGAUCUACAGCUCUGCAAUACUGCUGGUUUCCCAUGGAUCCUAUGACCUGAUGCCUGCCGAUCCCAUGUGCAUUUGUCCAUGUACAGAAUUCAGAGAAAGGGUUUUGCCCCCAACUCUCUGGUAUUUUUUUACUGAUGAGAUAUUUUCAAGCACACAAGCAAUCUGAGAACUUUAUGCCACUGUGAAUUGUACUACUAUUUCAGAUCUAUUUAUCCAAAGGAAAAGUUGAUUUCAGGAUCACUUGGUGAAUUUUAUUUUCUUCUUUUGGAAGGUAUUGAGUUUUAUGCUUGAAUUGACUUUUUUGCUCUCCCAGAAGACCAUCAGAGAUACUUUAAUCAUGUUUUUACUUAAUAUUGCCUGGUUCCAGCUCCAUUUAUAAUACCCUGUUUUACAAAUGAUAUACAGUACCAGCCUGACACUGUUGCUCAUCUUAUGGUCUAUGCUUCAGUUCCAAUUAUUUUCCCCUUCUAUUAGUGCUGAUUAUUCUAGCGAUGACCCUGCAACAGUAGCUGGAAUCAGGAAUAUCACAACCACGGAGUGAGCAAAGUACUAUGCCAAGUGAACUCUGUGGCAGUGUUUAGUACCAUAAAUGCUAUAAUCCCUGUCUGUUUUCCCUGGAAGAUGUGAUAAGUUCAGAUGUUGUUGCUCUCCUGUUAAGAAUAAAAUUGAAAAAUGUGUCUGAA